AUGCAGUCGGAACCUCACCACGUUGAGCAUAUCUGGAUCAUCACAGGGCCCGCAGGAUGUGGAAAGACCACUGUUGCCCAGUAUCUCGCCAAAGAAUUGUCGUGGCCGUAUGUGGAGGGCGAUGAUUUCCACUCAGCAGCCAAUAAGCAGAAGAUGGCUUCUGGCAUCCCACUUGCCGACGCAGACCGUUGGGACUGGCUUAUCACUUUAAGAGAAGAAGCCAUCAAGCGACUUCAAACCUCAAACUCCGUCCUGGUCACUUGUUCCGCCCUGAAGCGCAAAUAUCGAGAUGUCAUUCGCGUUGCGAACUACGAACAUCCUUCGGUGCAAGUGCAUUUCCUCUACCUCAAAGUCGACGAAAGCACCCUGCAGAAGCGCGUGGCCGAGCGCGAGGGCCACUAUAUGAAGGAGAGCAUGGUCCACAGUCAAAUGGCAGCCCUGGAAGAACCCGAGGAAGAAAUGGAAUGGGACGUCUUGCAAGUGGACGUCCGGGACGACAAACAGAGGGUCCUGAAGAACGCACUCGACCUCAUCCAGCAAAAACUGGCCGAAUACGAAAAUCUUUCCGGACCGCCGAGCUGA